AAAGCUCCGUCUACCAUACAUAAUCACCGCUCGUAGGUGCCUUGUUAUUCACUUUCUUUGUUCAAACGAAUCACCAACAUAUAAUAAAACAAUGUCUUCUUCAGGGCGAAGCUUAGAUAAGUAUCGAAUUCCACUGGGCGAGAUUAUGAGGGCCACAAAAAACUUCAGCUCCGAAACUCUGAUCGGAGAUGGUGGAUUCGGUUUCGUCCACAUAGGACAACUCUCUGAAGAAUGGAACAGACGCACAGUAGCCAUCAAAUGCCUCAAUCAGGAUGGUUAUCAAGGAAACAACGAGUUCCAUAAUGAACUCGAUAUGGUUUCCAGUUUCCAUCAUCCAAACAUCGUCACUUUCAUAGGUUACUGCGAUGAGUCCGAUCAUAUGAUCAUAGUUUAUGAGUAUGCUAUCAACAAAAGCCUGGAUCGUCAUCUCCAAGACCCGCAUAAGAUGCGUAGCUUAACAUGGACACAUCGCUUGAACAUUUGCUUAGGUGCAGCAAAAGGUCUCAAGUACCUACACUCUGGUCUAGGGGAAGACAAAAGAGUAAUUCAUAGAGACGUGAAGAGUGCAAAUAUACUGUUAGAUGAGAAUCUGGAAGCCAAAAUCUGUGAUUUUGGUUUGUCAAAAUUUGGUACAAGAAAUCAGGAAGAUAGCCAAGUUCAUACAAAGGUCGCGGGCACAAGAUUUUACAUGGAUCCGGUUUACAACGAAAGAAGCAGCCUCACCAAAGAGUCAGACGUGUACUCGUUUGGAGUGGUUAUGUUUGAAAUGUCAAGUGGCACACUCGUUUAUAAUCCAAAGUGCUUUGGAGAUGAUGAUAACCCACAAUAUCUCAUUAAUGUGGUCCGGAGAGUCUAUGAUGAUGUAAAAAAGGCAGCCGACCCAGACAACUUAAUCGAUCCUAUUAUUAGAGAUGGUAUUAAUUUGAAGUCUUUUCAUACAUUUAACAAAAUUGCACAUGAGUGCCUUAGCCUGGACUUACACAAACGUCCACCGCUAGCUAGGAUCAUCCGGAAGAUUGAGCUUGCACUAAAGAUUCAAUUAAACCAUCAUGAAUCACCUUCCUCCAUUACCACACGAAUCCUAGACAGUUAUAUAAUUCCACUUGAGCAAAUAAACUUGGCUACCAAUAACUUCAGUAGGGAAACAUAUAUCCGAGGCUAUGGACGUGGAGUAGGAGAUAGUGGACCACUCUAUGCACGGUGGCAAAACCACACCAAUGUGAUCAACCGCUUAAAUCCGAAAAGCUACCCAGGAGAGAACGAAUUCAAUAAGGCGCUCCAGAUAGUGUCCAGUUUUCACCAUCAAAACAUAUCUCGUUUCGUUGGUUACUGUGUAGAAGGCGAUGAGAGGAUUAUAGUUCAUGAAUAUUGUGUCAACGGGAGCCUUUCUAGUUACCUCAAUGACUCGAAAAAGAGGAGGCUUCUGACAUGGGCACAACGUUUAAAGAUUUGCUUAGGGGUAGCACGAGCACUCCAGUACCUUCAUUUGGCUCUUGGGGAGGACAAUGAAGAAAUAACUGGAAACAUUAUGUGCAAUAAUAUAUUGUUAGAUGAAAGUGUGGAAGCCAAAAUUUGUUUUUUUGGUUUGUCAAGUCAAGGAUAUUCCACAAGAAUGGGACCACGCGAACACAUAUCAAACAUGUUCUCAUUUGGCAUGAUUAUGUUUGAAAUUUUGAGUGGAGGCGAACGUUAUGCACUAGCAGGAGAUCUUGAGCCAGGAAAUGAAAUAGAUAUACUUCUAGAGUACUAUGAUAACAAUGAACUCGAUCAAUUCAUUGAUAAAUAUAUAAGUGAUCAGAUUGAUGGCCGUUGUUUGAAGAUAUUUAAAGAAACCGCAUAUCGGUGUGUAAUGAGGGGCAGGUGGUUACUCAGGAGCCUUCAGCCAGGAGGCCGUGGGAUGAACCGUGUUGCAGCCCGCAGGGAUCGUGGUGCACGCAUUACCAUGGAUGAAGUCGUUCAGAAGCUUGAGGAUGCAGCGGAUUUUGAAUGAAAUGGAAACUAGGAAUACCAUGGACUAUACAACUUUCUUUAUCAUUUUUUUUUUAUAAUUUUCAAAAAAUAAUGGUGUUGUUUUUUAGUUAGUCUUAAAAAAUCAGUGAUAUAUUUUUUUAUGUGUGAUCAAUAUAUGUGAUUCUAUUACUCUAUUAAAAUUUUAGAAUAUGUUUUCUAUGUU